GUUAAAUCCGGUAGGUGAGAGAGAGAAGCGAAGCUUAUGGAGGCAGAGAUCGUGAGACGAUCGGAGACGACGGGAUUAAGAAGGGAGGUGGAAGAAUCGGCGGAGGUGUCAGGUGACAGAGGAGAUUGCGAUGGUGAUGGCGGCGAUGUGGGAGAAGGGACGAGCGGGAGAGGAGGAAGAGGGCGAGUUAAGGGGCCGUGGUCGCCGGAGGAGGAUGGUGUGUUGAGUGAGCUCGUUAAGAAGUUUGGAGCGAGGAAUUGGAGUUUGAUCGCUCGGAGUAUUCCUGGUCGUUCAGGCAAGUCUUGUCGUCUUCGUUGGUGUAAUCAGCUCAAUCCAAAUCUUAUACGCAAUUCAUUUACUGGCACUUCUUUGUAUCUCUUUUUUUUGGUUUAUGAAGAGGUAGAAGAUCAGGCUAUCAUCGCAGCACAUGCCACCCACGGAAACAAAUGGGCUGCAAUCGCAAAGCUCCUCCCGGGAAGAACAGAUAAUGCUAUCAAGAACCACUGGAACUCCACUUUAAGACGUCGAUUCAUGGACUUUGAAAAGGCGAAGAAUACAGGAACUGGAAGCUUAGUCAUGGAAGAUUCUGGAUUUAACAGAACGACUACAAUAGCCUCAUCAGAAGAAACUUUAUCUUCAGGCGGCGGUGGCCAUGUAACUACUCCAAUUGUUUCUUCAGAAGGCAAAGAAGCUACCACCUCCAUGGAAAUGUCUGAAGAACAAUGCGUAGAGAAAUCAAACGAAGAAGGUAUUUCUAGGCAAGACGGUAAUGAUCCUCCAACGCUUUUCCGCCCAGUGGCUCGGCUCAGUUCUUUUAAUGCUUGCAAUCACAUGGAAGGAUCACCCUCUCCACACAUACAAGACCAAAAUCAGCUCCAAUCAUCUAAACAAGACGCAGCAAUGCUAAGACGGCUUGAAGGAGCUUACAGCGAACGGUUUGUGCCUCAAACAUGUGGAGGUGGUUGUUGCAGCAACAAUCCCGUUCAGCAAGACUCAUUGUUGGGUCCAGAGUUUGUGGAUUACUUAGACCCACCAACGUUUCCGAGUUGCGAACUAGCUGCUAUAGUAACGGAUAUAAGCAGCCUCGCUUGGCUGAGAAGCGGUUUAGAGAGUAGCAGCGUGAGGGUGAUGGAAGAAGCAGCUGGUCGGUUAAGGCCUCAAGGCUCAAGGGGUCAUCGAGAUCAUUAUCUUGUAUCUGAACGUGGGAAGAACAUAACCAAUGUCCUGUCCACAUAAAAACUGGCAGAACAAAAACAGAGUCUCUGA